AUGUUUUUAUCAGGCGAUUUUCAUUACGAGUACACGGAAUGCGACAAGUAUGGGGGAAGAUGGAGGGUGGCUGUUCCCUCGAGUCCCGACAAAUGCAAAGGCGGAAGCCCCCCUGCGGCAGAGCGCGGUCCGGACUGUUCGUUCACUUGCGGCCCAGGCGAGGUUUUGGAUAUUACGACUCAGGUGUGUGUCCCGUGCCCGGCAGGCACCUAUAGCCUGGGCGGUGGCGUGCGUUUUGAAGAUUUCACGAGCUUACCUUCCGGCUUCAGCAUCAAUAACGAGAAUCCUAGACUACGAAAUUCGGAGCCUGCUGCUGUCACAACGGACACCACACCGCAGCCACCUGUCAACUGCAGUUCGUAA